AUGAGUAAAUGUCUAACCAAACACUCAUGUGAAAUAUGUUUAGAGUAUGCAAAAACCCAAAAAAAUUUAGAUCCUUCAUUUUUGUUAUGCUUUUUUAAAGCGUAUGAAAAUGCUGAAAAAUCAACGUUUGGAAAUUUAAAUAUGCCCCAUGAAAAUUUUUACAAUUAUGUUUAUAGCUUGGAAUCUGAAUUUAUAAAUAGUUUUCCUAUUUUGUCUGUUGAAAAAGGAAUAGGCGAUAAACUUAAAAUGAGAAUGCUUAAUAUUGAUUAUGAACAUCCAUGUCCCAACUUUGAUAAAGAUUACUUACUGAAUUUUUUUUUGCGUUUUAGAAUUUAUGCUUCAAUUAAAUUUUUAAAUAGACAUUUGGUAUCUGAAAAAAAAAUCAAAAACAGAAAGUUAGCAAUUUUGCAGCAUUUGUAA